GAUCCCUCAGCUAGGUGACGUCACCGGUGCGCCAAACGGAGCAGGGCAUGCCGGGAAAUGUAGUUCCGCCCAGAUCCUUCUUCCGGGCCGUGCUGAGUGUAAACAUCCCGGAGCUGGAGGGGGACUCCCGGGACAGCCGGAGCCCCGGAGCUGGGGCAUGGGGAACUGCCUGUCCUCGCAGACCGCUGAUGAUCUGUCUCUGCUCAACGACUCAGACGGAGCCAGCCUGCCCGGGGAGCCCCCGCCACCCUACCAGGAACGGGAGCCAGUUCCCAUCUAUCACCCCACCCCCAGCCAGACCCGGCUGGCAACGCAGCUGACGGAGGAAGAACAAGUGUGGAUUGCCCAGAGGAUUGGCCUCAUACAGCAUCUACCUAAAGGCAGAUAUGACCCUGGAUCCGAACCCUCCGAGAAGAAGCCGAAAGAAUGCGUGAUCUGUAUGCUGGACUUUGUAAGUGGGGACCUGGUGCGUUUCAUGCCCUGUAUGCAUGUCUACCACAUGGAGUGUAUAGAUGACUGGCUUAUGCGCUCCUUCACGUGCCCGUCAUGCAUGGAGCCUGUAGAUGCUGCCCUGCUCUCGUCAUACGAGACAAACUGAUCGGGGAUGCCUCGCGCUUGUGCGGUGACGCUAGUGGACUCAAGUGUGUGAGCGGCGAGAUCUGAAAGAGAUGGCGCUCCGUGCAUUGAGGGAGUGCUGCCAGCCAUACCGGAAUCCAGCUCAUGAGAGCUAGUUUAGGACAAGGCUCUUACCACACAGCAGCGCGAUGAGGCAGCACAAGUGGAUUUUGCACUGGGCCAAGAAUCCUGCUCAGACUAGAUCUUCCGGCCAAUGCUGAUCGGUGAAAAGGUCCACGCUUCCCGUUUGUUUGCUUUAUUAUUUUUUUUAGCAUAGCGACGACACCGACAUUUGGACUCCUGACUUUGAGAGUGACUUGUUCGGAUGAGUCCGAGACAUCCUGUACCAGUAAUGAAACCUCAUCUCAUUCAGACCAUGGGAGUCACGAGUUAAAGGACUUCCAUACAAGCUUUCUUCCGCUCAAAGCGACAAGGAAUUUGCUGCUGCUUAAGGGAUGGCGUCUACUGCCCGAUGCAGGGGGGAACAGAGAUCUUCUAUCCGAUACCAAAUAGAGAUGUAGUGACCGCUCGCAGAGACACGAGGUGUUUGUGUAAUGAAGACGGCUUGCCGAGCACUACAGAGAGACCAUUGCACUUCGUCAUGUGGAGACACGGGCGAGGGUUUGGGUGCAACUGAGAUUAUGGCUCACAGUCUGAGUGGGUUGUCUUAUAAACCGUUCAUACGAUGCAAAACCAAAAGAAGUGUAUUGGAUCAAGUCGGACAAUUCGGAUGGAACUGGUUACAACGUUUCCAGAGUAUGAAAACCCAUUGUAAUGCUAUGAUCAUGCUGAAUUGAAUAUGUAAUAUGUGUAAAGCGUAUCACACUUAUGAGAACAGAGCCCAGGAAAUAACAUUGACAUGUUGAAAGCAAUUAAGAAUUAUAAUUGUUUUUAUUUUAUUUUAUUAUUAUGAUGAUCUGAGUGAUUGCUUGAGGUGAUUUAGGCUUAGAUCUUACCUGACAGGUCUGUCGUUUAAUCAUUCGUCAUGCCAAUGCACUGCCGUCAGCCACACCUCUCCGCACUAAUGCGGUUAUUACUGUACCAGGUCCGAUAAAACAAAUUACAGUGAUACAUAAAAUAAAACUAUGCUUCAAUGCAUUUAGCAUCAUA